GGUAUAACCAUACUCUUCUUCCGGGUAUACCGUUUACAGAGUGCCAAGGAGCGCGAAUCAAUAACGGAUGAUAACUUCAGUAGUAUAGUGAAGGCUGUGAUGUGGGGGAGAAUGUCUACGACGCAUCUCCAAGUUCCUCCAGUUCCAGCUGAACUGUCAACGUGGUGGCUGUCAUAGUGGCCUCACUGGGGCCUGCAUCACACAGGUAACACACACACACCACACACACUCUCACAACACAAACACCACACACACACACACACACACACACAACACACACACACACACAACCACACACACACACACACACACACACACAACCACAGCACACACACACCCCCACACACACAACACACACACACAAAACUGCACAACUCAACAUUGUGCACGUCAGUCUUCACACAUCUCCUACAACACUCUCACCCCCCCCCCCUCCCAGGGCUUUUCUGAAACAUCCCAAUUGAACCUUCUCACUAUACCCCCCCCUUCCCUAGCAACCCAAACCCAGAGUUCCUGGUUCCUAUCGGAUAACCUUGGGCCUCUACACCCUAUCACAACCUACGAUGGAAGACCUUUGGGUACGGAUCCCCCAGUCAUCAUAACCUUCAUCUUCCUUGAUAGGAAAACAUCGGCAAAGCUAACCACUCAUCAAAACAUACCUUAUAGACCACCAUACACGCGCUCCAAAAUCACGCCAACACUCUCCUUCUUAAGAACUUCUCCUUCUCCUCGUGUCGCUUGCCAUCCUUCCCUUUAAAGAAGCGCGUCCGGGUCGCGGUAAGAGCCUAUAGCGCCUAGCUCCAAGGGGGCCCCAGCUCCCAGCCGCUAGCAUCCUACCGACCGUAUCUCCUCUCCUCUUAUCCCCUGCCCCCCUCCUACGUGCUCAAGCACGAGAAUCGCUGAAGGACUAAGGCGAGACCGGAAGAGCAGAAGAAGGACACUAACGGCAGAAGAGAAGGAAGCCACGAGAAGUGAACGCUAGCGCCGAUAUAUCUCCCGCGUAAGCCUGAGAAGCCUCUCCAGUAAGCGAAGAAUACGCAACCGGAGCCUCAAUCAGCCCGUCCACGUCUCCUCUCAGUCGUCUCCGCGCCUCUCUCUCUAGCUCCCCCCAAUGCCUCUCUCCUCCCCUCUCCUCUCCCCUCCUCUCCUUCCCCCCUCUCCUCUCCCCUCUCCUCUCUCCUUCCCCUCUCCUCUCUCCUUCCUUCUCCUCUCUCCAUCCUUCCCAUCCUCCCUCCUUUAGGAGAGCGUAUCUUUAACAUAGACAGUGGUCGUAAUGCUCCACUCCACUCCCCUCCGUCAGAACACUACACCAUCAUUUUCAACACCUUCGUCCUCAUGCAGCUCUUUAAUGAGAUCAACGCCAGGAAGAUCCACGGGGAACGCAACGUCUUCGACGGAAUCUUCGCCAACCCAAUCUUCUGUUCCAUAGUGUUCGGAACCUUAGUUAUCCAGGUAGGCUGCACACACACACACACACAGACACACAGACACACAGACACACAGACACACAGACACACAGACACACAGACACACAGACAGAGACUGGCUGCACACACACAGACACACAGACACACAGACACACAGACAGAGACUGGCUGCACACACACAGACACACAGACACACAGACACACAGACACACAGACACACAGACACACAGACACACAGACACACAGACACACAGACACAGACAGAGACUGCCAUGUGUUAUCUAAUGAAACGUUGAGCAUUUGUAGCAUUAUGGGUAAUACUGUGAUGUUAUAUUAUUCAUGUUAUUCCCUCGGUGGUGAUAUCAUAUGUUAUCUAGUUCAGCUGUGAUAGUAGUUAUGUUAUUUACAUGAUAGUCAAUUGCCUGGAUUAGGACCUGCGCCGCUUCCUGUGUGAGGUAGGGUCGUACUCUACGGAUGUUGUAGAGAAUGAACCUGCAGGGGGGGGGGGGGGAGCAGGGUCACACCAAGUUCUCUGCACUCUGGGAGGGGGACACUGUGGAGUUGUUAACCGUUAUCUAGGUGAUGAUAGUCCAGUGGGGGGGCAAGCCAUUCAGCUGUGAUAGUAGUUAUGUUAGCUAGGUGGUGAUAGUCCAGUGGGGGGGCGAGCUAUUCAGCUGUGAUAGUAGUUAUGUUAUCUAGGUGGUGAUAGUCCAGUGGGGGGGGCGAGCUAUUCAGCUGUGAUAGUAGUUAUGUUAUCUAGGUGGUGAUAGUCCAGUGGGGGGGGGCGAGCCAUUCAGCUGUGAUAGUAGUUAUGUUAUCUAGGUGAUGAUAGUCCAGUGGGGGGGGGGGGGCAUUCAGCUGGGAUAGUAGUUAUGUUAUCUAGGUGAUGAUAGUCCAGUGGGGGGGGGGGGGGGGGGGGCAUUCAGCUGUAAUAGUAGUUAUGUUAUCUAGGUGAUGAUAGUCCAGUGGGGGGGCAAGCCAUUCAGCUGUGAUAGUAGUUAUGUUAGCUAGGUGGUGAUAGUCCAGUGGGGGGGCGAGCUAUUCAGCUGUGAUAGUAGUUAUGUUAUCUAGGUGGUGAUAGUCCAGUGGGGGGGGCGAGCUAUUCAGCUGUGAUAGUAGUUAUGUUAUCUAGGUGGUGAUAGUCCAGUGGGGGGGGCGAGCCAUUCAGCUGUGAUAGUAGUUAUGUUAUCUAGGUGAUGAUAGUCCAGUGGGGGGGGGGGGCAUUCAGCUGGGAUAGUAGUUAUGUUAUCUAGGUGAUGAUAGUCCAGUGGGGGGGGGGGGGGGGCAUUCAGCUGUAAUAGUAGUUAUGUUAUCUAGGUGAUGAUAGUCCAGUGGGGGGGCGAGCCAUUCAGCUGUGAUAGUAGUUAUGUUAUCUAGGUGGUGAUAGUCCAGUGGGGGGGCGAGCCAUUCAGCUGUGAUAGUAGUUAUGUUAUCUAGGUGGUGAUAGUCCAGUGGGGGGGCGAGCCAUUCAGCUGUGAUAGUAGUUAUGUUAUCUAGGUGAUGAUAGUCCAGUGGGGGGGGGGGGGCAUUCAGCUGGGAUAGUAGUUAUGUUAUCUAGGUGAUGAUAGUCCAGUGGGGGGGGGGGGGGGGCAUUCAGCUGUAAUAGUAGUUAUGUUAUCUAGGUGAUGAUAGUCCAGUGGGGGGGCGAGCCAUUCAGCUGUGAUAGUAGUUAUGUUAUCUAGGUGAUGAUAGUCCAGUGGGGGGGGGGGGCAUUCAGCUGGGAUAGUAGUUAUGUUAUCUAGGUGAUGAUAGUCCAGUGGGGGGGCGAGCCAUUCAGCUGUGAUAGUAGUUAUGUUAUCUAGGUGGUGAUAGUCCAGUGGGGGGGCGAGCCAUUCAGCUGUGAUAGUAGUUAUGUUAUCUAGGUGAUGAUAGUCCAGUGGGGGGGGGCGAGCCAUUCAGCUGUGAUAGUAGUUAUGUUAUCUAGGUGGUGAUAGUCCAGUGGGGGGGGCGAGCUAUUCAGCUGUGAUAGUAGUUAUGUUAUCUAGGUGGUGAUAGUCCAGUGGGGGGGGGCGAGCCAUUCAGCUGUGAUAGUAGUUAUGUUAUCUAGGUGAUGAUAGUCCAGUGGGGGGGCAAGCCAUUCAGCUGUGAUAGUAGUUAUGUUAUCUAGGUGGUGAUAGUCCAGUGGGGGGGCGAGCUAUUCAGCUGUGAUAGUAGUUAUGUUAUCUAGGUGGUGAUAGUCCAGUGGGGGGGGCGAGCCAUUCAGCUGUGAUAGUAGUUAUGUUAUCUAGGUGGUGAUAGUCCAGUGGGGGGGGCGAGCCAUUCAGCUGGGAUAGUAGUUAUGUUAUCUAGGUGGUGAUAGUCCAGUGGGGGGGGCGAGCCAUUCAGCUGUGAUAGUAGUUAUGUUAUCUAGGUGGUGAUAGUCCAGUGGGGGGGGGGCGAGCCAUUCAGCUGUGAUAGUAGUUAUGUUAUCUAGGUGAUGAUAGUCCAGUGGGGGGGGGGGGGGCAUUCAGCUGGGAUAGUAGUUAUGUUAUCUAGGUGAUGAUAGUCCAGUGGGGGGGGGGGGGGGCAUUCAGCUGUAAUAGUAGUUAUGUUAUCUAGGUGAUGAUAGUCCAGUGGGGGGGGGCGAGCCAUUCAGCUGUGAUAGUAGUUAUGUUAUCUAGGUGAUGAUAGUCCAGUGGGGGGGGGGGGCGAGCCAUUCAGCUGUGAUAGUAGUUAUGUUAUCUAGGUGGUGAUAGUCCAGUGGGGGGGCGAGCCAUUCAGCUGUGAUAGUAGUUAUGUUAUCUAGGUGAUGAUAGUCCAGUGGGGGGGGGCGAGCCAUUCAGCUGUGAUAGUAGUUAUGUUAUCUAGGUGGUGAUAGUCCAGUGGGGGGGGGGCGAGCUAUUCAGCUGUGAUAGUAGUUAUGUUAUCUAGGUGGUGAUAGUCCAGUGGGGGGGGGCGAGCCAUUCAGCUGUGAUAGUAGUUAUGUUAUCUAGGUGGUGAUAGUCCAGUGGGGGGGGGCGAGCCAUUCAGCUGUGAUAGUAGUUAUGUUAUCUAGGUGGUGAUAGUCCAGUGGGGGGGGCGAGCCAUUCAGCUGUGAUAGUAGUUAUGUUAUCUAGGUGGUGAUAGUCCAGUGGGGGGGCGAGCUAUUCAGCUGUGAUAGUAGUUAUGUUAUCUAGGUGGUGAUAGUCCAGUGGGGGGGGCGAGCCAUUCAGCUGUGAUAGUAGUUAUGUUAUCUAGGUGGUGAUAGUCCAGUGGGGGGGGCGAGCCAUUCAGCUGUGAUAGUAGUUAUGUUAUCUAGGUGGUGAUAGUCCAGUGGGGGGGGCGAGCCAUUCAGCUGUGAUAGUAGUUAUGUUAUCUAGGUGGUGAUAGUCCAGUGGGGGGGGGCGAGCUAUUCAGCUGUGAUAGUAGUUAUGUUAUCUAGGUGAUGAUAGUCCAGUGGGGGGGGACGAGCCAUUCAGCUGUGAUAGUAGUUAUGUUAUCUAGGUGGUGAUAGUCCAGUGGGGGGGCGAGCCAUUCAGCUGUGAUAGUAGUUAUGUUAUCUAGGUGAUGAUAGUCCAGUGGGGGGGGGGGGGGCAUUCAGCUGUAAUAGUAGUUAUGUUAUCUAGGUGGUGAUAGUCCAGUGGGGGGGGGCGAGCCAUUCAGCUGUGAUAGUAGUUAUGUUAUCUAGGUGAUGAUAGUCCAGUGGGGGGGGCGAGCCAUUCAGCUGUGAUAGUAGUUAUGUUAUCUAGGUGGUGAUAGUCCAGUGGGGGGGGGGGCGAGCCAUUCAGCUGUGAUAGUAGUUAUGUUAUCUAGGUGGUGAUAGUCCAGUGGGGGGGGGCGAGCCAUUCAGCUGUGAUAGUAGUUAUGUUAUCUAGGUGGUGAUAGUCCAGUGGGGGGGGCGAGCUAUUCAGCUGUGAUAGUAGUUAUGUUAUCUAGGUGAUGAUAGUCCAGUGGGGGGGGACAGCUAUUCAGCUGUGAUAGUAGUUAUGUUAUCUAGGUGGUGAUAGUCCAGUGGGGGGGGGCGAGCCAUUCAGCUGUGAUAGUAGUUAUGUUAUCUAGGUGGUGAUAGUCCAGUGGGGGGGGCGAGCCAUUCAGCUGUGAUAGUAGUUAUGUUAUCUAGGUGGUGAUAGUCCAGUGGGGGGGGGGCGAGCCAUUCAGCUGUGAUAGUAGUUAUGUUAUCUAGGUGGUGAUAGUCCAGUGGGGGGGGGCGAGCCAUUCAGCUGUGAUAGUAGUUAUGUUAUCUAGGUGAUGAUAGUCCAGUGGGGGGGCAAGCCAUUCAGCUGUGAUAGUAGUUAUGUUAUCUAGGUGGUGAUAGUCCAGUGGGGGGGGGGCGAGCCAUUCAGCUGUGAUAGUAGUUAUGUUAUCUAGGUGGUGAUAGUCCAGUGGGGGGGGGCGAGCCAUUCAGCUGUGAUAGUAGUUAUGUUAUCUAGGUGAUGAUAGUCCAGUGGGGGGGGGGGGGGGGCAUUCAGCUGUGAUAGUAGUUAUGUUAUCUAGGUGGUGAUAGUCCAGUGGGGGGGGGGGCGAGCCAUUCAGCUGUGAUAGUAGUUAUGUUAUCUAGGUGGUGAUAGUCCAGUGGGGGGGGGGCGAGCCAUUCAGCUGUGAUAGUAGUUAUGUUAUCUAGGUGGUGAUAGUCCAGUGGGGGGGGUGAGCCAUUCAGCUGUGAUAGUAGUUAUGUUAUCUAGGUGGUGAUAGUCCAGUGGGGGGGGCGAGCUAUUCAGCUGUGAUAGUAGUUAUGUUAUCUAGGUGGUGAUAGUCCAGUGGGGGGGCGAGCUAUUCAGCUGUGAUAGUAGUUCUGUUAUCUAGGUGGUGAUAGUCCAGUGGGGGGGCGAGCCAUUCAGCUGUGAUAGUAGUUAUGUUAUCUAGGUGGUGAUAGUCCAGUGGGUGGGCGAGACAUUCAGCUGUGAUAGUAGUUAUGUUAUCUAGGUGAUGAUAGUCCAGUGGGGGGGUGCGAGCCAUUCAGCUGUGAUAGUAGUUAUGUUAUCUAGGUGGUGAUAGUCCAGUGGGGGGGGGGGGGGCAUUCAGCUGUAAUAGUAGUUAUGUUAUCUAGGUGGUGAUAGUCCAGUGGGGGGGGCGAGCCAUUCAGCUGUGAUAGUAGUUAUGUUAUCUAGGUGAUGAUAGUCCAGUGGGGGGGGCGAGCCAUUCAGCUGUGAUAGUAGUUAUGUUAUCUAGGUGGUGAUAGUCCAGUGGGGGGGCGAGCUAUUCAGCUGUGAUAGUAGUUCUGUUAUCUAGGUGGUGAUAGUCCAGUGGGGGGGCGAGCCAUUCAGCUGUGAUAGUAGUUAUGUUAUCUAGGUGGUGAUAGUCCAGUGGGGGGGGCGAGCCAUUCAGCUGUGAUAGUAGUUAUGUUAUCUAGGUGAUGAUAGUCCAGUGGGGGGGGCGAGCCAUUCAGCUGUGAUAGUAGUUAUGUUAUCUAGGUGGUGAUAGUCCAGUGGGGGGGGCGAGCCAUUCAGCUGUGAUAGUAGUUAUGUUAUCUAGGUGGUGAUAGUCCAGUGGGGGGGCGAGACAUUCAGCUGUGAUAGUAGUUAUGUUAUCUAGGUGGUGAUAGUCCAGUGGGGGGGCGAGCCAUUCAGCUGUGAUAGUAGUUCUGUUAUCUAGGUGAUGAUAGUCCAGUGGGGGGGCGAGCCAUUCAGCUGUGAUAGUAGUUAUGUUAUCUAGGUGGUGAUAGUCCAGUGGGGGGGCGAGCCAUUCAGCUGUGAUAGUAGAUAUGGUACACUAGUAUGUGGACACCCCUUCAAAAUUAGUGGAUUUGGCUAUUUCAGCCACACCCGUUUCUGACAGGUGUAUAAAAUCGAGCACACAGCCAUACAAUCUCUAUAGACAAACAUUAGCAGUAGAAUGGUUUUACUGAAGAGCUCAGUGAACUUGAGCGGGGGCACCGUCAUAGGAUGCCACAAGUCAGUUCCUCAAAUCCCUGCUAGAGCUGCCCUGGUCAACUGGAAGUGCUGUCAUUGUGAAGUGGUAGACCACACAAGCUCACAGAACGGGACCGCCAAGUGCUGAAGCGCAUGAAAAUAGUCUGUCAGUGGUUGCAACACUCACUACCGAGUUCCAAACUGCCUCUGGAAGCAAUGUCAGCAAAAUAACUGUUAGUCGGGAGCUUCAUAAAAUGGGUUUCCAUGGCCGAGCAGCCGCACACAAGCCUAAGAUCACCAUGCGCAAUGCCAAGCGAUGGCUGGAGUGGUGUAAAAUUCGCCGCCAUUGGACUCUGGAGCAGUGGAAACGCGUUCUCUGGAGUGAUGAAUCACGCUUCACCAUCUGACAAUCCGACGGACUAAUCUGGGUUUGGCGGAUGCCAGGAGAACGCUAUCUGCCCGAAUGCAUAGUGCCAACUGUAAAGUUUGGUGGAGGAGGAAUAAUGGUCUGGGGCUGUUUUUCAUGGUUCGGGCCCCUUAGUUCCAGUGAAGGGAAAUCUUAACACUACAGCAUACAAUGACAUUCUAGACGAUUCUGUGCUUCCAACUGUUGCAACAAUUUGGGGAAGGCCCUUUCCUGUUUCAGCAUGACAAUGCCCCCGUGCACAAAGCGAGGUCCAUACAGAAAUGGUUUGUCGAGAUCGGUGUGGAAGAACUUGACUGGCCUGCACAGAGCCCUGACCUCAACCCCAUCGAACACCUUUGGGAUGAAUUGGAACGGCGACUGCGAGCCAGGCCUAAUCGCCCAACAUCAGUGCCCGACCUCACUAAUGCUCUUGUGGCUGAAUGGAAGCAAGUCCCUGCAGCAAUGUUCCAACAUCUAGUGGAAAGCCUUCCCAGAAGAGUGGAGGCUGUUAUAGCAGCAAAGGGGGGGGACCAACUCCAUAUUAAUGCCCAUGAUUUUGGAAUGAGAUGUUGUCCACAUACUUUUGGUCAUGUAGUUAUGUUAUUUUAUCUAGGUGGUGAUAGUCCAGUGGGGAGGCAAGCCAUUCAGCUGUGCUCCUCUCAACGUGGAACAGUGGCUCUGGUGCCUGUUCGUUGGAGUGGGCGAGUUACUCUGGGGACAGGUCAGUGUGUGUGUGUGUGUGUGUGUGUGUGUGUGUGUGUGUGUGUGUGUGUGCGCGUUAGUGUUGCGCGGGUCAGCUGUUUGCUAAUAACCCAUCCGCAACCACCUGACUAUAGGCUAUGUGAUAAAGUAAAAAUCUGGGGCCCGCACCCGACCCUAACCCGCUAAUAUAGAUAAUGCGCUCAUAGAUUAUUUUUUUGACAGGACUUUUAUGUUUCUGCUUAUAAUUUCUGACAUUUUGUUAGUCAGCUUCUCUUCUGUCAUUAGCCCUAGAAUACUAAAUAAACCUCAGCAGAAUGUCAUAAAAGAUAUCUAUAGAACGCUUCAAUCUAGUUGAUUUAGUUAGUUCUACUCUGUCAUCUCUGCUUCUCUCGCGCAGCAAAUAUGUUUAGGGACCAAGGAGAAAAUGCAAUAAACCCCCCAAAAAACGGUCUAGAAUUUCGUUGCAGAACUUCUUCUAAAUGACAUCAGUUUGAACGGUUUUAAGAAAAUUAAAAGCUGUUCAAACGACUCAUGUUUUUGAUAAGAUUUCAGUUCGGCUUGGAUGCAUAUUUAUGUGGUUGAAAUACUGUCAGCUUUUAAGAUGCUGAUAAAGAGAUAGAUGGGAGGUAUAGAGUAGAGUUGCACCUUUACAGACGGUCCCUAACUGCGCAUUCAUUCUCUCCAGCUGCUGAAAUAAAGAAAUCGGUAUUUCUCCACUCCUGUUCCUGAGUCAAUUUACAUUUCGCAAAUUAUUUUACUGCAAGAAAUGCUUAAUUCUGCAGGAGUUAAUAUUAUAUUAGACUAUGUGAGAGGUUAUUGACCAACAGUCAGUGUCCAGAUUACAGUUAGAUAACCCAUCUGAACAGUAUAGUUCCCUUGUUGUAGUUGCCAUUUUGAAGUCCCUGUCUUGUGACUGUCUAAUUUGUACAGUGCCUCACAUCAUCACACAUAUCACAGCAGCACUGAUAUCAUCAUCACACAUAUCACAGCAGCACUGAUAUCAUCAUCACACAUAUCACAGCAGCACUGAUAUCAUCAUCACACAUAUCACAGCAGCACUGAUAUCAUCAUCACACAUAUCACAGCAGCCUAUUUUACCACUUCACCAACUCUUUCCCAAAACAUUACUUUUCCCAAAACAUUACAUUUCCAAAACAAAGUGGAACGGCGUUAACUAUUUCUGCCCAAGUUCCCAAAAGCAUUUGGUGAUUGUCAUGUAUUUGGCCCUAUAGCUGAAGCACUAACACCAGAUACCAUGAAAGAAGCCUAUAGAUAUGAAUUAUACAUUGACGCCCUUCAUCCACACAUAUUUAAUGACCCUAAACCCACCCGCGCCAUGGAUAUAACCGUGGGGACUGCGGGUUAUGGGUCAACCCGCGCAGCACUAGCGUGUGCAUGUGGAUGUGUGCUCGUGUGUAAUGUAUCAUGUAUGUAUCAUGUAUGUAUGAAUAGUACUACCUUUCUCGUCUGACGACCGUCUCCGUGUGCAUUGUCGGGGCGACAGGUGAUCGCCACGGUUCCCAGCGACCGAUUGCCGUGUCUGAAGGAGGCGGGGGCAGCGAUGGCGGCGGUGGAGGAAGAGGAGGAGAUGGAGGAUGGAGACGAAGAGGGAGAGAUACGACGAGGACAGAUGCUGUGGUGUAGAGGACUCAACCGCAUACAGACACAGGUAUCAGAACUC